GUAUCAGUCCUUAAAAACCCUAUAAAUAUCGAAGAGAGGGAAAAAAAUAAAAAGGGAGUGAGAGAGAGAGAUGGGGGUAGCUGUGAUAAUGGCGAGAAGUGUUUCGGUUUGGUGUGCUCUGGCUGCAAUCCUGUGCUCUCUGACUGCGAUCUCAGCUGAAGAGAGCAGUGAAUCGAAAGAGUUCGUUUUGACUUUGGAUCACUCUAACUUUACUGACACUGUUGCUAAGCACAACUUCAUCGUCGUCGAAUUUUACGCUCCUUGGUGCGGGCACUGUAAGAAUCUUGCUCCAGAGUAUGAAAAAGCAGCAUCUAUAUUGAGUAAACACGACCCUCCAAUCUUUCUAGCUAAGGUUGAUGCCAAUGAGGAAGCAAACAAAGAUUUGGCAAAAGAAUAUGAAGUCAGGGGUUACCCUACGCUUAAAAUUUUGAGAAAUGGAGGAAAGAAUGUUCAAGAAUACAAAGGUCCACGUGAAGCUGAUGGUAUUGUGGAGUAUUUGAAGAAACAAAGUGGUCCUGCUUCUGCUGAAAUAAAAUCUGCAGAAGAUGCCAGUAACCUUAUUGAUGACAAGAAGAUAGUAGUUGUUGGGGUGUUCCCAAAAUUCUCUGGUGAAGAGUUUGAGAGCUAUAUGUCACUUGCUGAGAAAUUGCGUUCUGACUAUGAAUUUGGUCAUUCUUGGGAUGCUAAACACCUUCCUCGUGGUGAAUCAACAGUGACUGGCCCUGUGGUCAGACUUUUCAAACCUUUUGAUGAACUCUUUGUUGACUUCAAGGAUUUUAAUGUGGAAGCUCUAGAGAAGUUUGUUGAAGAAUCUAGUAUUCCUCUUGUGACUCUCUUUAACAGUGACCCAAGCAAUCACCCCUUUGUUAUCAAGUUCUAUAACGGUCCCAAUGCGAAGGUUAUGUUGUUUGCAAACUUGAGCAGUGAAGGUAUUGAUUCCUUAAAAUCAAAAUAUCGAGAAGUUGCAGAGCAAUACAAAGGACAGGGCAUUAGUUUCCUUUUGGGAGAUCUUGAGGCUAGUCAAGCUGCCUUCCAGUAUUUUGGAGUUCAAGAAAGCCAAGUACCUCUAAUUAUCAUUCAGAAUAAUGAUGGGAAGAAGUAUUUGAAACCAAAUUUGGAGGCUCAUGACAUUGCACCAUGGGUGAAGGAUUACAAGGAAGGAAAAGUUCCUCCAUAUGUAAAAUCUGAACCUAUACCCGAGGAGAAUAAUGAACCUGUGAAAGUGGUGGUUGCUGACACCCUACAGGAUAUGGUUUUCAAAUCAGGAAAAAAUGUUCUGCUUGAGUUUUAUGCCCCCUGGUGUGGACACUGCAAGAAAUUGGCACCAAUCUUGGAUGAAGUUGCCGUCCAUUAUGAAAAAGAUGCUAAUGUUUUGAUUGGAAAACUUGAUGCAACAGCAAAUGAUAUUGUGGAUGAGAACUUUGAUGUUAAAGGUUUCCCAACUGUUUACUUUAGAUCGGCUAAUGGAAACAUAACUCCAUAUGAGGGUGAUAGGACCAAGGAAGACAUUGUAGACUUCAUUGAAAAGAACAGGGACAAAACUGUCCAUCAAGAGUCGGUAAAAGAUGAGCUCUGAAGAGGGGUUUGAGCACACAAGAUACCACAUAGAUGGUAUUUUGAAUUGCAGUUAUAUAGAAGAACUGCUAUCAUUGAAUGAUGCCUGAUCUUCCUCCCUCACUUCCUACCCUUACUCUGUAGCCCUUUUUACAUUUAAAAAUCUGUCUGAAUAAUGCAGGAUGUGUUUUCCGGAAGUUUUAGGCGUUACAGUUCAGAGUAGUUGUAACAGUUACUGGGCUGUAUGAAACAUCCGAGCAAGUUAAAUCUAGAAAGGAUAUUUUGAAUU